AUGGACAGGACACUUGCUCAUACACAGAAGCGAAUAGACAUGGAAAAAGCCGAAGCUAGCGCUUCAGAUGCAAGCGAAUCUGAAGAAGACGUUGCGCCAGGCGUCGAGAUUCUGUACAAGAGCGGGAAACGCAAGGUCGUGCUUGGACAAGGGCAAACCGUUGUCAAAUCGGGGGCACAAAUACGUCCUGCCGAGGCAGAGGCCCUCAAAGUCGCUUCCGGGGCACGAAUCCCAGCUCCGCUUCUGCAUGACGUAUUUACCGACAAUGGAAUAGUGGCCAUACGCAUGGAAUACGUUCCGGGGCAAACCCUCGACAAAUUAUGGCCCAGCAUGUCGUUGGGGCAGAAGAGGAACAUCGCCGACCAGCUGCAUCAGAUACUCAAGCAGAUGCGGGAGCUAGAGCCUCCGCCAAAUUACAUCGGCUGCUGCGACGGCACUGGAAUCCGGGACACGCGAGUGCGCUUUACAUACUAUGGGCCGGUCUGCAAUGAUGAGGUACAGUUCAAUGAAUACUUGGAAUCGACACUCUUCCGACAAAUCUCGUCCAUGCUGCGCACCUCACUCCGCGGCCAACUACGAACCGACCAUCGUAUCGUCUUUACUCAUGGGGACCUUGCCCCAAGAAAUAUAGUAGUACAAGAUGGCAGGAUUUCUGGUAUUGUUGAUUGGGAGGAAAGCGGAUGGUAUCCAGAAUAUUGGGAGCUUGUCAAGUUCUUUGAGCGACCGACUGAAGGCGACUGGAAAGAGUACGCAGAUGCGAUAUUCCCGACGCUGUACCCCGCCGAGCUGGUCACUUAUACGGCCAUGUCCAAGUGGCGGCAUCAUUAG